AUGGCCGCGCUUGCGGGAGGCACCGCCACGCGGCGUCGCGCACUUCCGCUUCCCGCGGAACAGGCCAUGGCGGCCCGGCUGCUGCUGGCGGCGCUGAGCGCGGCGCUGGGUCUGUUCGCCUCGGCGGGGAAGAUGAAGGUCGUGGAGGAGCCGAAUACGUUCGGGUUGAAUAACCCAUUCUUGCCUCAAACAAAUAGGCUGCAGCCAAAGAUGUCCCCAUCUGCAGUAUCAGGUCCUGCACAUCUCUUUAGGCUUGCUGGCAAGUGUUUCAGUUUUGUGGAAUCCACGUAUAAGUAUGAGUUUUGUCCUUUCCAUAAUGUCACUCAGCAUGAGCAGACUUUUCGAUGGAAUGCCUAUAGUGGGAUUUUAGGAAUCUGGCAUGAAUGGGAAAUUGACAACAACACGUUUGUUGGAAUGUGGAUGAGGGAAGGAGACUCCUGUGAAACUAAGAGCAGACAGACAAAGGUUAAUCUUGUUUGUGGAAAGAGCAAUAAAUUGGCUUAUGUGUCUGAGCCAAGUACUUGCGUUUACUCACUGACAUUUGAGACUCCUCUCGUGUGCCAUCCCCACUCACUUUUAGUUUAUCCAACUCUGGCUGAAGCAUUGCAGAGGAAGUGGGAUGAAGCAGAGCAGCUUCUGUACGAUGAGCUAAUAACCGACCAGGGUUACAAAAAAAUUCUAAAAGAGAUUUUUGAGGAAGCAGGACUUCUAAAAGCAACAGAAGAAAAUGAAGUUGAAAAACAGAGUAAGAAAAUAACUCUGGAAUUUGAAACAGUGGAAAAGUGCAAUAAGGAAUACAAGCAACUUUCUGAAGAAAUAAAAAAACUUAGAGUUUUGUUAGGUCAGCAUGGUAUUGCAUACAAAGGAAAUUCUGCUGGAAAUAUCAGUGUUGAGUAUGUAAGUCACCAGCCAGCAACUUCAGUGACAUCUGUUCUUAAUGGGUCUAAGGAUGAAGAGCACCUGCAUGGCGAUACAGGGAUUUGGAAUUACACUGUUUGAAGAAACUUGGGUGGUACAGAAUUUAAAUUAAACUGAAUAUGUAUUACGCCAAAAAGAUGA